AUGUCGGGACAACUGCCAGACAAGGUUCCUGCGGCCGGAGCAGGCCUUCCUGGUUCAUCCCAAACCUCCUCUCAAGAGGUCUCUCCUGUCCGGAUCUCUCGCAGCGUUUCUGCCAUCCCACAACUCUCGCGGUCUCGCAAGAAUAGCCAGGAGUUCAGCCCGACGCGAAGUACUACUGGGCAGCAUACUACUGUGCCGUCGGCGGCAGCAGUUCAGCGAGCACUCUCCGCACAGAGACCAAUAUUACAGUCUUCGAGUAACGAUGGUGUGGUCGACGGUGUUCGAUCUUCCGACAACAGGCAAUUGAGAUCGGGCCAAAAUUCGCCGUCCUGGCCUACCUCACCUCGGUUGAAAUCUCCUCCUCCUUCAAAAGUGGGAGGAAGAUCACAGGCUACCAAAAGAAGUGACCCCGAGCAAAUGCAGCCAAACACAUCGUUGAAAAGAUUGGCUACUCUUCCCAAUCCCGAGCAAGCCACUGCCCUACACGUUCCUGACGGUCAAGAUUCAACAGUUCCGCCGUCGACACUACGAGCGUCAGGUCGAGGCCCAAGUGCCGGCGGAAGCGCUCUGGAGACUGUCGCUGAAAGCAGUGUUCCUUCGACUCCGUCUAUCGGCCCCGUCGCUACAUCUCCAUCGGACCAAAAGAUCGAUGCGCAUAGCCUUGACCAACCGGCAGAGCCCCGACCUGGGCCUCCUACGAACAAGGAGAGCGAAACAAGUGGCGGCGAUGGCAGCUCAAAAGCACCUGCAAACAAGGUAGAAAGCGGGCGCAGAUCGAGGGCUCCAAGUGGCUCACGUCCCGCCUCUGAGCUGGCAAAGCGAUCCUUCACCAGUCUUGCUAGUGCCAAAAACAAACUGGCCACCGACCCUCCUAGGACCAUGACGGUGGAAACCGAGACUGUCACCUCGAUACCUCAACUAUUAGGCCCGGACCGGGGUGUCUCUGGCAGGGACGGAAAUGGAAGUGUGAGAACAAAACCAAGCAAUGAGACGAUCCGCCCUAAAAAGGAGAAGAAGAGGUCAGCUCGUAAGGCGCCGUCGUUACAUGCAGGGACUGUCACGUCCAAAGCAGACUUGUUUGAGGCCAGGGUUGCAAGUGCCGUCGAUGAGGCUGAUUCUUCCGAUUCGGACGAGACAUUUGUGUAUGAGUCUAACCCACCAGACAACCGACCCAGUCGCCAUCAUUCUCGAACUCCAAGUGCAACCUCCCUAGCGAGUCAAGAUCAGCACGGUGUUCGUAGUAAGCACGGCGUUCGAAGUGGUAGUCAUGCUAUAGCUGGCAAGAAGAGCAUGAAGUUUUCCAAUAACGCCCACAACAAUCAUCUGGAUGGAGAGACCGGUCCGGAAGGACGGGCGAACCAACGCAAUACAAGUACGACGCCUCGCCAUCAUCAUAUCAGCAGACAUGGACGGCCCCAUCAUACGUCCCUUUUUGAUGCAGACUCGCCAUUCACUCAAGGUAGCAAGUCGAGUUCUCCACGUACGUCGACCAACAAUUUGUCCCGCUUCUCGAGGCCAAACAGCCCCAGGUUGUCCAACGGUCGGUUGCCGGGGAGUCCGCGGAAAGGAGAAGCAUUUGACGCCUACGAUGAUGCCGCCGACGAUGAACGAGCUCCCCUUAUCGGCUCGGUGCGCAUCAAUCGUGCCCGGCAUAGUCGUCGGCCCCACAGUGUGACAUUGCGGCAGAUGGACUUUGAUGAUGACUAUGACCGGGGCUACUUCGGGCGGUAUGGGGGCUGCAUUUUUCUGGGGGUUGUUGUUGUCAUUGUAUGUUGUGGCAUCACGGCCUUGGUGAUGGUGCUCAGCCGACCCUUGACAGAUGUGUCUAUCAAACACAUCCAGAACGUUCUUGCGUCCGAGCAAGAACUGAUGCUGGAUCUGCAUGUCCAGGCGGUCAACACGAACCUUUUCGCCAUUACCGUCAAUGACCUGGAUGUCAAUCUAUUUGCGGAAAGCCCUUACGUCGGGAUGGUGGCACACCGGGACCACGAGACAGGCGCUCUUCGGUGGGCUUCUCGGCGAAGUCGCAGUAUCUCUGGGUCGGCCUGGCUUCCCUGGCACGCUGCGGACGGAGUAGAUGAGGGUACUGAUCCGAUUGAUGACCCUGAAUCUGGGACUCCGAAGAUGUUGCUGGGAAGAAUCUUUGAAUUCGACUCUCCAUUGGUAUUCGACGCCUCCCCUCUCCGACGCACCUUGAGUUCCUCUGUUGGGGAGAUUCGGCUGGCGAAACCUGGUAACAAAACUGAGGAGGGAGGGUCCGCUCGAUGGGAGAGAGGCUUACAACACCCGUUUGAUUUGAUUGCACGAGGGGUGAUCAAGUACCAGCUGCCUCUGAGCUCCAAAAUAAGAUCUGCGAAGAUUGGCGGCCGAGUUCAGGUAUUGCCAAACGACGGUGAAUCCGGUGACCAAACCUGA